GUGGCGCCCUGGUCAGAAGAUGGCGGCGCCGGAGGCCAGCGACAGUGAGGAGGAGGAGCUGGCGGGCUAUGGCACCGCGCUGGAGCCGCUGCUGGAGGGUGAACGAAUUAAGAAGCCAGUUCCUCUUCAAGAGCAGACUGUUAAAGAUGAAAAGGGACGAUACAAACGUUUUCAUGGAGCAUUUAGUGGUGGUUUCUCUGCUGGCUACUUCAACACUGUUGGUUCAAAGGAAGGAUGGGCCCCUUCAACUUUUGUGUCAUCACGUCAGAAGAGAGCAGACAAAACAGUCCUUGGACCAGAAGACUUUAUGGAUGAAGAGGAUCUAAGUGAAUAUGGGAUAGCGCCUAAAGAAAUCACAACGACAGAUGACUUUGCUUCCAAACCCAAAGAUAGAAUAAAAGAAAAAGCUAGGCAGAUUGCAGGGGUAACUGCAUCCAUUCCAGGAGCCACUGCACUGGAUGAUUUAAUAGCACCAGCAAAAAUAACUAUUGGUGUUGAAUUAUUGCGAAAAAUGGGCUGGAAAGAAGGACAAGGAGUUGGACCUCGAGUAAAGAGAAAGCCACGCAAACAAAAACCUGAUCCUGAAGUAAAAGUAUAUGGCUGUGCGCUACCACCUGAAGGAUCUGAGGAUGAAGAGGAUGAAUAUCAGCCAGAGAAUGUGACGUUUGCACCCAAAGAUGUAAUGCCUGUAGACUUGACUCCUAAAGAGAAUGUCCAUGGACUUGGUUACAAGGGUCUAGACCCCACCAAAGCAUUGUUUGGGGUUUCAGGAGAACACCCCAGUCUUUUUACUGAUGGUUCUGAAAAGACAAGUAAUCUACUUGGUGAUCUGAGACAUAGUAAAGGAAGAAAAUUGGGUAUCUCAGGCCAGGCUUUUGGUGUAGGAGCUUUGGAAGAAGACGACGAUGAUAUAUAUGCUACUGAAACAUUGUCAAAAUAUGAUACAGUUCUGAAAGAUGAGGAACCUGGAGAUAUGCUGUAUGGUUGGACUGCACCUAAGCAGUAUAAAAACAAGAAAGGAAUGGAGAAAGAAGUUAGAUAUAUUGGCAAAAUUCUGGAUGGCUUUUCCUUGGCUUCUAAAUCAUCAGCUCCAAAGAAGACUUAUCUACCGCCUGACCUGCCAAGGGAUUACAGACCAGUCCAUUACUUUCGACCAGUGAUAACAGCUAGAAAUGAAAACCCCCUUUUACUUCAGGCAUUAGUUGAAUCAACUGGGAAACGUGAGAUUGAUACUCCACAGCAAAACAGACACACACUGAAUGCAUCUCAGAGGAGGGAAUUGCUAGGAGAGACUGCUCUAAAAGGUCCAUCUCCUUCUGUUUUGGAGUAUCUGUCAGGGAAAGACAAAGAGAGAAUCAAAGAAGCAAUACAGGCAGCUGAACAACAAAUGAAAACACAAACUUUGCCUCAGCAAUCCCUGAAUAUUUCAUCUGCCUCAGAUGGUGUUAAGCACAAGUGGCAAAUGGCAUUGGGGGGGCAGUUAGCCACCCCUGGUUCUAGUGACUUCAAACCAUUUGCAAAAAAUCCAGAAAAACAAAAAAGAUAUGAGGAUUACAUAGAGAGUCUUAAACAAGGACAAAAAGAUACACCAGAAAGUCAUUCAGAUCCGGGUAUGACAGAAUGGGAGCGAGGAAGGGAACGAGAGGAGUUCUUCCAUGCAGCAGUGCUCUACAAAUCCUCUAACUCAGUCCUGUCAUCAAGGUUUACUCGGGCCAAGCAUGAAGAUGACACCGACAAAGUGGAAGUUCCUCGAGACGAAGAGAUGGAUAUUAAUGACAAAGAAUCUGCAGUGAAGAUGAAGAUGUUUGGCAAGCUCACAAGAGAUAAGUUUGAGUGGCACCCUGAGAAGCUAUUGUGUAAAAGAUUUAAUGUUCCUGAUCCCUACUCUGAUUCAUCGAUUGUUGGGUUACCCAAAGUGAAACGUGACAAGUAUUCUGUAUUCAAUUUCUUAACUCUACCGGAGUCUACCACGACAACUAUAACUCAAACAACAAAUGAAAAAGUACAACAGAAUAUCAAUCCUAACAAGCCAAAGAAACCAUCAAGAUGGGAUGUAUCUGACAAAGAGAAGAAGAAAAACGAUUCUGUUAGUGAGUUCAUAAGUCUUGCUAGAUCAAAAAUUGAUAUUCAGCAGCAACAGCCAGAAUCAGUAAUAGAAGAAGACAGAAGUAGAACAAGUGAUCCCCUUCCCAAUAAGGCAGUUAAUGAAAGCACAGAUCAGAAUAAAGAAGAAGAAAGCAGACCAUCUAUGGACUUAUUUAAAGCUAUCUUUGCCAGUUCCUCAGAUGAAAAAUCAUCCUCAUCUGAGGAAGAUAGCGAUGAAGAGACGCAUCAGACACCUUCUGCUAUGCCAAACUCAGAAAGUACAAAGCCUGCUAAUCUACCAGAUACCUCCUUAGCUGAUGUACAAGAAUGCAUGGCUGUUACAAAAGAGCCUGACCUUGUGCCACCUCUUUUGAAGGAGGAGCUGGAUAAGGAAGAAGAAUUUGGACCGAGGUUGCCUCCAGUUUUCUUUUCUAAGACUAUUCAGAAACAUGAGCCAGUACCACUAGCAAGUUCUCUUGAAGCCAAUCAGAAAGAGAAACCUAAAAAGAACAAAGAAAAACACAAGGCUAAGAGAGAGCACAAACACAAAAAGGAAAAGAAAAAGAAACAUAAGAAGCACAGGCACAAAGGCAAACACAAGAAUAAAAAAUCAGAGAAAAACAGUAGCUCAGAGACUGCUGAUAGCAGUGACAGCCUUAGUGACAUAGAGGAGAUCACAGGUUUGUCAUCCCAGGAACUUCUAAGAAGACUGAAACAUCUUCCUGCAAUGAAGCAGUAACUUGCUUUCUUCAAUACUGUAUGACUUUUGGUCUGAAACUUUGAUCUCCUCCAUGAUGGAAGAUCAGUAAUGUAUAGAUUGCACUGUAAAUGUUGUAUUUAUGCUGAAUAUGUUUGAAAUCAUAAAUUUAUAAUUUUUUUCUGUGAUAUUUUACCAUUUUAAACUAUAUGAAUUGUGGAAUGUUGGAAAGAUCUUUCUUUUUUUUUUUUUUUUUUUUUUGCUGCUAGCAUGCAUUAUCAAAAGUAAUCGUUCAGGCUCUACAUUUAAUUAAUGUGAGGGCUAUUGGUAGCAAGCGCACCUGUGUCUGAGAGUAGGACUUCUCCUUUACAUCCCAGUGUUCUACUAAAAAGGUAGACUCAAAAUGGUGAAUUCUUGGUUGUUUUGAAGAACCUAUUAUAAUUUGGUUUGAGCUACCUUUUAAUUUAAAUGAGACUAGAUAUUUUAAUAAACUGUAUAUUACAAAUGGUAUUUCUGGUGUAUUAAAUCAUUGUGUGAAAGUUCUUAAAAUAUUAUAAACAAGAAUGUAAGUCAAUGCUGAAAGAAGUGAAGCUCGGAAGUUAAAAAGGCAUAAUUUACAUGAAAACAAGUCAUUCUGUCUCUCUCUUAUGUAGAUAUUCAGAAUGCAGAAUUUCUCUGUAUUUCUAAAUGUGUUAAUCUGUUUUUCAGACUUUUUCUGUCUUAGAAUUUUGUAUAUUAUCCAUCACCAUAGUAUGGCUUUUUCAAUAAAUUAACAAAUGGUAUGAUGCAUGUUAAAAUAGCAUUACAGUACUGGAUUAUCUUGAACACUACCUACAUAAAAAAUGUCAUCAUCAGUAUCGGCAUUAUUCUACAUUCAUGUUUAUAUUUAACACAAAUGUUAUGUUGAAAAACCCAAAGAUUCUUCAAAAUUUUCUUGCUUGCUCUGAGUACAAACCUGUGCUGUAUUGUACACUUAAAAGGAGGUUGAAAUUUCAUUAAAAAGUCCAAAUAAGUCUGUAAAGUCCUAUUACAAUUACAGGGUUGUUCCUGAUGUGAACUAUAAAAUAAUACUGAACCACAUGACUGUCUGACCUCCUUGAAUGGAAAAAGUUGUUAAAACCAGUUCAUCAUGAUUUAUUAUGAGACUAAAAGAAUGUUCUCCAUUUGCAAUUGCUAACAAAAAAAAA